AUGAAAAUCUUUGACAGCUACAACGUAACGCCAGAAGAGCUCUUUGAUCUCUUUGGAAAGUUUGGGCCCAUUCGCCAGGUCCGACAGGGCAUCGCCACCGCAACCAAAGGAACCGCCUUUGUCGUGUAUGAGGAUGUCAUUGAUGCCAAGCAAGCCUGCGACAAGCUCAACGGCUUCAACUUUCAGAACCGCUAUCUAGUUGUACUAUACCACCAGCCAGACAAGAUGGCCAAGUCAAAAGAGGACCUGGAGGCACGCCGCGAAUCUUUAGCGAGGCUCAAGCAGCAGCACGGCCGGUCUACCCCGUCUCCCAAGACAACUCCCCGCGCCGUUUUGUCGGAUCCUAAAACCAUCCCGCGAAGUGCCGCUCCGGCGACCAAGUCAACUCAGCCCGAGUCCAUCAGCCCACGCACCGUUCGCUUCGUUGAGAAUAUGCGCCGCCCCGUUGCGGCGCACGCGUGA